AUGUUGGGGAUGCGUGAAACGUUCUGGGUCAGAAAGCUUGUAUUAGAGUGGGAGUUCUGGGGAACCAAUUGUCAAUUUCUUUCAGGGGUCCUCUCUAAACCUACACUGAGAGCAGUGCCAGGAAAUGUGGUAGCCACUGGGAACCAGGUGACAUUCUUCUGUGAAGGGCCCUCAGAGGCCAAAGAAUAUCGUCUCUACAAAGUAGGAAGUCAAGACUACCUGAUACCAACAGCCCUUCUAGAAACUGAGAAUAAGGCCAAGUUUUCUAUCUCUUUGGUUCAAUGGAACAAUGCAGGCCAAUAUUGGUGUUCUUAUACAAUCACCAUUGGCUCAUUAGAAAACAGUGACACCCUAGAGCUGGUGGUGACAGGAGUUUACCUCAGCAAUGUCGUUCUGUCAGCCAUUCCCAGCCCUGUGGUGACUUCAGGAGGGCGAGUUACUCUUCAGUGUGAGUCACAAGAGCCGUAUAAUAUGUUCAUUCUAAUGAAGGAUGGUGACCACGUUCUUGGUGGAUCCUGUGACCCCCAAUAA